UGCACUUAUAGUAAAAUGAGGUGCUCUAUUCUGCUCUGCGUUUUUGCAGCAAUUGCUUCCGCCCAAGUUGAUGCCAAUAGGAUUAUUGAUGGACAGCCUGCAAAAGUUGGUCAAUUCCCAUGGCAGGUAUUGAUCACGGUUGAAACACCGGAUGGCCCGAAAAGCUGCGGUGGAACUUUGCUCAGCAAUCGUUGGGUAUUGACGGCUGCCCAUUGCACAAAAAAAAAUUUCCAUAGCUACAAUAUAUGGUUAGGAAAGAUUGCACAGUCAGAGACAGAGGAGGGCAGUCAAAUUGUAGUCGUUCGCAGAUUAAUCGUACACCCAGACUACGAUGGUGACCACACGAACGACAUCUCACUACUCGAAUCAUUAACUGACAUCAAUUUCACUGACAACAUCAAACCUAUUCCAAGACUUCCUCAGAAAGGAAGCGUACUUCCAGCAGAUACGACAAUCACGGUCAGCGGAUGGGGAAGGACCGAGGAUGACGGACCAGGCAGUUUUUACUUAAACUACGUAGAGUUAACCACCAUCAGCAAUAAUAAAUGUUGGCCUAAUAUAGGCAUCGUUAAUGAUUCUGUUUUCUGCGCAGUCGGGCAUCCAUCGCAAGCUACGUGUCAGGGUGACAGUGGCGGACCUGCUGUUACAUAUGAAGGGAACGUAGCUACGCUAGUCGGAAUCGUGAGUUUUGGACCGGUUAAAUGCAGAAAUGAGGUUUCUGCAUUUGUACGCGUAGAAUACUUCCUUGAUUUCAUUCAUGAACACACGGACCGUCGCUAACAUGAAAGCCGUCCUUGUGCAAAGCCUUUUAUCGCGUCCCAAUAUUUCUGAAUACCGGACAAUUUUUAGACAGUAAGUUAAUAAAUACGAGAUUUUUCUUUAGAUUACAUGCUACUAUUAAAAUAAUAAAAUGUUUUGUAUUUUAACAAUAA